AUGAACAAACGUUCUAACAUAAAUUUAUUAUUUGAUAAUUAUUCUUAUCAAAAACCAACAAAAAAAACAAAAAAUAACUCUGAUGAUUUUUUUUUUACCUUUUUCGGUAAAAAUCUUGAUGAUUUUACAAUAUAUCAAAAUCUAAAAAAUGCUAGUAAUAAAUCAACUCCAAUGAGUAUUCCAAAUUUACCAUGUGAUAUUAUUUGUGAUCUUGAAGAAACCACUGAAGAUG